AUGGCAAGUAGAAUACUUAUUGGCCUUCUUAUCAUAGCCUUUUUUGUAGUAUCCUCUGCUACUAAUAAUUUCAAUCAAUACUUUGACAUAACAUGGGGUGAUGGCCGUGGCAAAAUCCUCAACAACGGUCAACUUCUUACACUGUCUUUGGACAAAGCCUCUGGCUCUGGAUUUCGUUCCAAAAAUGAAUACUUGUUUGGAAAAAUCGACAUGCAACUAAAGCUUGUGCCUGGUAACUCUGCUGGAACAGUCACAACAUAUUAUCUAUCUUCUCUAGGAGAUUCUCAUGAUGAAAUAGAUUUUGAAUUCCUUGGUAACUUAAGUGGCGAUCCUUAUAUUGUUCAUACAAACAUUUACACACAAGGGAAAGGAAACAAAGAACAACAGUUUUAUUUGUGGUUUGAUCCCACCAAGGACUUUCACACUUAUUCUAUUCUUUGGAAUCCUCAAAGCAUCAUAUUUUCUGUGGAUGGGACUCCUCUAAGAGAAUUCAAGAAUUUGGAAUCAAAAGGUAUACCUUUUCCAAGAAGCCAAGCAAUGAGUAUAUAUUCAAGUCUUUGGGAUGCUGAUAAUUGGGCCACAAGGGGAGGGCUGGUGAAAACAGAUUGGGCCCAAGCCCCAUUUACUGCUUCAUAUGGAGAUUUCAACAUCCAAGCUUGUGUUUGGACUUCUUCUUCAGGAUCAUCUUGCUCUCCCAAAACUCCAUCUUCAAGUAAUCAACCAUGGAUGAAGCAGUCUUUGGAUUCAACAGGAUAUGCUAGGAUUCAAUGGGUGCAAAAGAAUUACAUGAUUUACAAUUAUUGUACCGAUACUAAACGAUUUCCUCAAGGCCUCCCACCCGAAUGCUCACUUGCAUGA